CUCUCUCUCUUUCCUGCUGCCAUCGUGUCCAGCCAGCGGCGGCCAUCUUCCCAGCUCCCGACUUCACGCGGCGCCAGCCUACAGCACACGCUCGCACGGAAAGCCACCGCAGCCAAGAGCCCAGCCAUGUCGGAGGAACGAAAGCUUUUCGUCGGCGGCCUGAACUUCAACACGGAGGAGCAGUCGCUGGAGGAGGUUUUCAGCGAGUACGGCCAGGUCAGCGAGGUGCGGAUCAUCCGAGACCGCGACACGGGCACUUCGCGCGGCUUCGGCUUCGUCACCUUCGAGAGCCCCGACGACGCUCAGGACGCGUUGACCUCCAUGAACGGCCGGUCGCUGGAGGGGCGGCAGAUCCGAGUGGACCGGGCCGAGAAGAAGUCGGGCGACCGCGGAGGCAGCCGGGGCGGCGGCUACUCGCAGUAUAACAGCGGCGGCGGCGGCGGCGGCUUCCAGCAGUACAGCAGAGGCGGCUACUCCUCGCAGUACAGGGGCGGCGGCGGCGGCUAUGGUGGCCGUCGGGGCGGCGGCGGCUACUAGCAUCGUGCACCCCCUCCCCCCCAACCACCACCACCCACCUUCCCCCGGGCUCGACCACCGGUAAAACUACUUUUCCAGGCUCAGAUCAUCGUCCUCUUGACUGUGUUGCCGAAAAACGAAAAAGAAAAGGGUUUUUUUUUGUUAUUUUAUUAUUUUGGUUUUUUUUUCUCUCUCUCUCUCCCCUGAAGCGAUCGCCCGCCGUCUCUCUCUCUCUCUCUCUCCCCUCUCUCUCUCUCUCUCUCCUCUUUCUCUCUCUCUUCUCUCCUUCUGAAUCGAAACUUUUUGAAACUCCAAAAAAAAAGAAUUUUUUUUUUUCUCGGGUUUUAUUCAGUGUAAGAUUCUCGAUGACAACAGCUGUGAUUUUUUUUUUGGUAUUUUUUUUUUUCUUUUUCGUGUUUAUAAAAAAAAAAGCAUCAUUUUUUUUUCCGUGAUAUUUUGCUAAACUGUAGUAGUUUCUCCGGGAAGACUUUUUAUUAAAAAUCAAUAAUAGAGG